ACCAAAACACUCUCCAAUGCAGCCAUAUUUUUCAGGGCCGCCGCCGCCACUACAGCACGGUGGGCUUUAUGGAGCCUUCCACACUCUGCAAUCCCAAGUCUCCAGCUUCCUCCAGAAACCCCAGAACAUCUUCUUCAAAGCGUGCCCAAUAGCUCAAUCUCCAUUUUGGGAUGCUUUCAAGAACGUAGUGUACCUGGAGGAUAAUAUUGUUCAUAGUAAAAGAAUGAAACUAAGGGAGUUGAAGCAUAAGGGCACAAUCAAGGAUUAUAUUAUAGAGUUCACAACACUUAUGCUUCAAAUCCCUAGAAUCUCGGCUGAUGAUAGACUUAAAUUAGCAUAUGAACUUGAAUACUGGGAAAAGCAAGAAUUCAACUUUUUUAACCGUAAUGGAAGAAAGAAUCUUGCCAUGUCCGAUGAAGAAAUUGGACAAAAAUUGUGUAAAGUGCCUGUUUAUAAUGACAGAAUUUCUGAUACUAGCGUGAGGAAGAUUGUAUCAGACACAGAUAGAACGAAAACUUUUCAAGGGUACUUCUUUAGUAAGGCAGAUGCUAUGGCUUUGGCGGAGUAUGACCGGAUGUAUACUUCGUCUGAGUUGGGAAUUCCCUAUGCAGACUCUGAUCCACUCAACAUCGUUAUUGAUAAAAAUAUUGCACCCAUGCCCAUUAGGUUCAUACCAGAGGCGUCUGAAGUGAAAAAUGCAUUAGAGGUAAAAAAGAAGGCAGGUCUUCCCCAUAAGAACUUUUCUGGGGUUCCAGUUUUUGAGUCGAGGAAUUUGAGUAUAUGUGAAGGUUAUAUGACUCGCAACAGUGAAGGGUGCCAAAAUCGGAGACGCCUGGUUUUUUUCAAAAAGGAGGACCUAGAAAAGUCUCUGGCAAAAGCAAAUGCUGCAUGUCAUGAUGGAAGAUCAAAUCUUAUUGAUAUGGAGGAACAUAUAGAGGUUGCUGCUCUUGAGAAUAUUAUACAAGCAAUGAAGGAUAGUUCAACCUCAGAGUGGAACAAUGUUGUUUUUGCACAUCCUGGUGAAGAUAUUGAAAUCUCUCCAUCACCCAGAGAGCUUUGAGGAUAUGUUAUUGACUCUAUAAUUUUCAAC